CAACUCUAUUCACCCCCCCUCUAGAGUUGCACACUUGUCUAACAAUUGGUAUCGAAGCAGGAAGUUCUUCGAAUACGUUAUUUUUCAGGAACUAAAAGAUCAAAUGGCAUCAAGGAUGUUCAACGCAGGAGUGACCGAGGGACAAUCAACCACGAGGCCACCUUUGUUCGAUGGAACAAACUACUUGUAUUGGAAGGAGAGGAUGAGAAUAUUUAUCCAAUCCAACGACUACAAGCUGUGGUUGAUUGUGAAGAACGGCUGCGGAGUUCCGAUGAAGAAAGUCGGUGAAGUCAACGUUCCCAAAACCGAAGAGGAGUUCACCGACGAAGAUUGCAAAAAGAUGGAGCUCAACGCUAAGGCAAUAAACAAGAUUUAUUGCGGUGUUAAUGCGGAUGACUACCGCAAAAUUUCGCGGUGUGAAACCGCAAAACAAAUGUGGGAGAAAUUGGAGGUCACCUGCGAAGGAACCGCGCAGGUUCGGGAGGCCAAAAUCGAUCAUCUUACUCACGAGUACGAACUCUUCUCAAUGAAGGAAAACGAGAAGAUUGAGGAAAUGUUUGAGAGGUUCUCUAACAUCAUUAAUCCUCUCAAUCUUCUCGAGAAGACCUACACCGACCGAGAGCUCGUGAGAAAGGUGCUGCGAAGCCUAUCCCCCAAAUGGCGUUCAAAGGUGGACGCAAUCGAAGAAGGUUGUGACUUCCAAACAACGACCUAUGAUGCUCUUCGAGGUAAUCUUAUUACCUACGAAACCACCCAACUCUCAAAGGUGGUUGAAGAGAGGAACAAGAGGUCUAUUGCUCUACCCGCAACAACAUCAACCCACAACAACGUUGAUGAUGAAGAUGAUGACAGCGACGACACCGACCUUGGACUCUUUGUCCGAAAAUUCAAGAAGAUGAUGCUCAAGAAGGGAGCCAAGAAGAACACUCCACCCAAAUGCUAUGGGUGUGGUGAAAUUGGACACAUCAAACCAAUGUGUCCGAAGCUCAAGAACGAGAAGGACAAGAGGGCACCGAAGAAGCAACGUGCCUACAUCUCUUGGGAGAACGACGGCUCCGGGAGUGAAGACUCAGAAACGGAGGAAGUGGCCAACUUAUGUCUCAUGGCCAUUGAAGAUGGUGAUACAUCAAAAGAGACAAAAGGGUCUCUUGGGUAUGUGUUCCCGAUCAUGAACAUUUUGAAAGCUUUUGGAAUGCCUUUAAAAGACAUCCACGUCCAAAAGAACCACACUUGGUACAUCGAUGUCGCAGCCUUCAACCGCUCUAAUGUACCAAGGGCCGUGCAAGAAGGAGGAGAAGAAGGAGAAGAAGAAGAAGGAGAAGAAGAAGAGGGUGAAGAAGAACAUGACCCGGAGGGCGAACCGGCGCAUGUCCAAGAAGUCGCUCAAGUGGAAUCAACUCGGCAUUCCUCUCCUACUCGGGUGUCACGCUCUACUUCAUCGCGCCGCGCUGAUCGUUCCAUCCUUCAACGGAUUUUAGACGCCGUGACUUGCACUCGCACAGAUGUGGCGCAUACUCGCAUGGAAGUGACCAUAAAAGGCCAUCGUCUCUCACGGCUUGAGCAGCAGAUGACGGAGAUAGAGCGGCGACCAUAUUUCGGACCGCGUCACAGUUACAGUGGUGGAUCUCGGCCGUCGAGCUCACUUUGACUUCUCUCUCUCUUUAUGUGAUGACUUAUUUAUGACACAUUGUUAAAUAUUAUUUUAUAACUCUUUUGGUGGAUGAUGAUGUUCUUUUGAAUGAUGCUAGUUAUUGUUGUUAAUUGUUGAUGUUAAUUAUGAUUGUGUAUUAAUAUCUUUGUUGGUUUGGCAAUAUUGUUCUUGUUUAGAACAUAUUGUCCCUUUGUGGCUUUUUUACUACGAGUUCUCUUUUAAAGAAAACUCUUGCCAUUCU